ACACUCUUUCCCUCUCCUUUUUAUCAAAAUUCAAAAGUAGUCGCAACUCAUAAUUCCAUUUCCUCCUCUUUGUGCUUCUUCCACUUUCCUUUCCCCAGAAGCUCCUUCUCCUCAAAGCUAAAAAUGGCAUACUCAAAGGUGAUUAUUGCUCUAAUGUUGGCAUUUGUUGCCGGAUCUGCUUUAGCACAAGCACCGGGAGCAUCUCCGGCAGCUUCUCCGAAGAGUUCUCCGGCACCGGUAGCGGCGACUCCUCCUUCAACUACAUCAACGCCACCUGUCUCUGCCCCUGCAAAUGCUCCUACUACUGCAUCUUCUCCAUCCAAUUCUCCAUUGGCAUCUCCUCCAGCUCCACCAACUGCUGAGACUCCGGCGUCAUCUCCUUCCGGUGCCGCUUCUCCUCCAUCCAUCGGCGCCGCUCCCGGAGGUUCUCCUACCGAAUCUCCUAACUCUGCUUCCUUGAACAGAGUCGCCGUCGCUGGAUCUGCUGUUGUAGCUAUCUUUGCUGCUGCAUUGAUGCUCUAAAUCUCUGAUCUGUGAGAUAUUUAGCAUUUGCAUUCGCCGGAAUUGAUGAGUUGGUUAGGGUUUAUUUUUCCACUGUGUACUUUGGCCUUUUGCUGGUGGCGGUAGUUGUGACCGCUGUUGAUUUAUUUGUACUAUAAUUCUUAUUGUUAAAUAUUAUUACGGGAUUCUUGUUUA